CCCGGCCCCGGCUCGCCAUUGACGCGCGGCCGCCCGAGGCGCUCACACGGUGGUGUCGGCGCGACACAACGGCGAAACUUGUGUCAAUGGACGCGCGUCAAACGGUGCGACCAGUCGCCCCGGUAGUGCGAUACUAGUGUAUAAUAGUCGCGUGGCCUAUUGGGAUCGUCGCCAGCAUGGACGCGGUGCUGGCAGCGCUCGUGGCGCUCAUGGCACUGGCCGCCGCGAUGGCCGCCGUGCUGAGCACGCUCUCCAAAGCCGCGAUUUUCGCUCUCCUGGCGAUCGCGCCCUGCGUAUACCGCUACAGAAAACGCAUUUACGUAAUCGUCAAGACUCUACCUCGGGAUCUCAAAUUCCUGUGCCGCUACGUGAAAGGCAUCGUCCGGCAGAAGAUAUGGGGCCGGCAGGAUGCCACAGUGGCGGGGCUGUUCACAAAACGCGCGGCGCUCACACCCGACGCGCCUUGCUUCAUUGUCGUCGGAGACAGAACGUGGACCUACAAAGAGAUGGCCGCCAAGUCUAACCAAGUGUCCCGCGUGAUGCAAGAGCACGUGGGCCUGAAGCGCGGCGACGUGGUGUGCGUGUUCAUGCCCAACUGCGGCGAGUACGUGUGGUCGUGGCUCGGCAUGGCCAAGCUUGGCGCCGUCUCCGCGCUCAUCAACAGCAACCUGCGCCACAAGCCGCUACUCCACUGCAUCCAGGUCGCCAAGGCCAAGGCUAUCGUGUUCUCUGACCAGAUGGCUGACGCCGUGGCCGAGGUUCGCAGCCAGCUCCCAGCCGACAUGAAGUUGUUCCAGCUCUACGGCACUCCAGCGCCCGGCGUCCUGGACUUCGGUGCUGAAAUGGAGAAGCACCCGCCGGAAUACCCGCUGGUCACAGAUCCACCACACUACAAAGACACACUGCUUUACAUCUACACCUCUGGCACCACUGGCAUGCCGAAGGCUGCUGUAUUACCCAACUCCAAGUACCUCCUAGUCGUGCUGGCAACAGUGCACAUGCUGGGACUGAAGUCGUGGGACCGCAUGUACAACCCGCUGCCUAUGUACCACACGGCGGGCGGCGUGGUGGGCACGGGCGCCGCGCUCGUCGAGGGCAUCCCGUCCGUCGUGCGCCCGCGCUUCUCCGCGUCCAACUAUUGGACCGAUUGUAUCAACUAUCAGUGCACGGUGGCGCAGUACAUCGGCGAGAUGUGCCGCUACCUGCUCGCGCAGCCGCCGCGGCCCACCGACGCGCAGCAUCGCGUGCGCAUCAUGGUCGGCAACGGCAUGCGCCCGGCCAUCUGGCAGAGCAUCGUCGACAGGUUCAAAGUGCCACAGAUAAAUGAAAUUUACGGCGCCACGGAGGGCAACGCCAACAUAAUAAACGUGGACAACACAGUGGGCGCUGUGGGAUUCCUGCCCAAGCUGCUGCCAGCCAGCGCGCUGCCCAUCGCCGUGGUGCGGGUAGAUGAGCAGGGCACGCUGGUGCGUGGUCCUGACGGCUUCUGCAUCCGCUGCGACCCGGGUGAACCGGGCAUGUUCAUCGGUCUCAUUGCUCAGGGGAAUGCUUCGAGGGAAUAUUACGGUUACGUUGAUAAGACCGACAGCAACAAGAAGCUAGAGCGAGACGUGUUCCGAAAGGGCGACGCGGCGUUCGUGAGCGGCGACCUGCUGGUCGGCGACGAGCUCGGCUACCUGUACUUCCGCGACCGCACCGGCGACACCUACCGCUGGAAGGGAGAGAACGUGUCCACGGGAGAGGUGGAGAAUGCACUCAGCGCUAGCCCCGCGCUCGGGAACAAGGAGGCUGUUGUGUACGGCGUGUCGAUCCCCCAAAACGAAGGCCGAGCGGGCAUGGCGGCCAUCGCGGAUCCCAAGCGUGAGCUGGACCUGGCGCGGCUGGCGCGCGACGUCGACGACUCGCUGCCGUCCUACGCGCGCCCGCUCUUCCUGCGCAUCGUCAACGACAUCGACAUCACCAGCACAUUCAAGAUAAAGAAGCUGCAGUACCAGAAGGAGGGCUUCGACCCGGACGUGAUCCGCGAGCCGCUGUACUUCCGCUCCGGCGCACAGUUCGUGCCCAUCACCUCCGAACUCUUCAAGGACAUCUGCAACGGCCAGGUCAAGCUCUAGACGGCCGAGUCGUGCGCGGGACGCAAACACAUUGGGCUAUGAGCGCGCGACAGUCGCAGUUUCUUAGUUUAUGUAUUUUCGGAUAUGGAUUGCGUUUUUACCAGUUGGUGUCAUGCGACACUUCAUAAAAGCACUAUCGUCGUAGGAACCAACUUUUCAAUAGCAAGUUGGCGUACAUUUCCAGAGUCGAAAUUUAUAUGUAUUUACUAGGAAAUGUCCAACAGGCAACUAGGGAACUAAGAUUUCCAAACAUUGCUGAUUUGUAACUGCGCUUACAACCCAAUGUUAGGAGGCAAGGCGCAUGAGCUUCAUAACCAUGUCUUUUUUUUUGUUAUAUAAGUAGUAUUUUGGUGUUGUUUUCUGUAUGUUUACAAACUCAUGCGCCUCUUCACUCUAUGCGUUAGCACUAUUCUUGCACCGCACUCUUCGAUCAAAGGAUACGAGGUUGAGUUCUGCCGUGAGAGUCAAAGAUUUGCUCCAUUAAUAAUGAUAGUAAAUAUCUAUUGUUAUAAGCCGGUACUUAGCUUUCUUUAGCACGUUUUUUGUGAUUUGGUACAGGGUCGGAGCAGUAGCUAAAUUGAUGUUAACUGAGGCCGUGUUGAAAACGCUGGUCUGAGACCAAAGUGAGGGCGGAUAAUUGAUUUAUACGAUUAAUUGAAGCGGGAUAUAACUAGAUAACACUAUACAUAUUAUAAUGUUUAGGUGAUAUUUUUACGUUGUUAAAUUAUUUAGUUAAAAGCGUUUUUUUCGCACUUCUUUGUGAAAUCCACUAAUAAUAUUCUGAUGCGAUUAGGUUCGGUAAUCGGUAUUUUACGUGCUAGUAAAAUGGUGGUAGAUUAAUUUCCGUGGUUAUCCAUGUUGUUGAUGGUUUGUGAAUGUUGACCGGCGUGGUGUGGCGACGAGCAGUCAAUUAGAUGCGUAGGACAUGUUCACACCUGUUUAUCUCUGUCGCGUAAUUAUUUUUCCUGCAAUAAUAUUACUAAAUAUAUUGAGAGACAAGUACUUGGGUACAACGCAUUUUGUAUACAUAUAAAUAUCCUUUUAAAUAAACACGGCAGUUGGUAUUUUGGUAACGUACAAUAUUCUUCGUUAUUACUUAUAUUUAUCUUAAUUAUUUGCCACCUAAAUGUAAAAGACUACACUUCUAAAAAUGCCACACCCGUAUAAUUAAUAAAAAUCCGUAAUAAGAUAUUAUGAAAUAUUCCAUUUUUUCAAGCCUACAUAAAUCCUAAUCAAUUGAAGCAAUAAAUAUACCACCUAAAACGUUUACUACAUUAUUAUUGACACUAAGAAUGUGAGAACAAAUAUUUAGACUAAUACAAAUAUAUAUAUGUAGAUAAAUUAUAUUGUAGAUAACAUUCCACCAUCUAGUCUCAUAAGCAGUUUUAUUUGGAGGAAAAGUGCACCCUGCAUUCUUAAUGAUAGUUCUUUAAGUUCCUGUUUGAAUUAUAAGGAUUUUGUUUAAUUUUAAGACAGUUAUUUCGAUGGAACGUCUAUUAUAUUGUUUGGAAAUUAUUUUAAAUAACUUUGAACUUGGAAAAACAAAGUGUGACAGUACAAACUUUGUAUGGACAUUCCAUUUAGAUAUCUGUGCCUUGCAACAAAUUGCACAUAGAACACGUACCUAGUGCGCCGUCGAACUACGCUCCGAAUUUGUUAAAUACAUAAGUUGUAAAUAAAUACCUAAAUUAUA